AUGCCCGCAUCAGUCCACGAAGAUCACGACCAGUCCAUGGUCGACGUUGACGGCCAGCAAGAAAAUGGCGAGUUUAUUGAAGUCGGUGAAAAUAGGAUCACUAUAUUGUCCGGCGCCACCGACACAGCAGCCUCUUUCCAAUUCAAAGAAGAAGGUCACACACUGGGCAACGCGCUUCGAUAUGUCAUUAUGAAAAACCCCAAAGUCGAAUUCUGCGGCUACACAAUCCCUCAUCCGUCAGAGGCGAAGAUGAAUCUUCGUAUUCAGACAUACGAUGAUACAACGGCCAUUGAAGCCCUUGAAAAGGGAUUGAAUGAUCUCAUGGAUUUGUGUGAUGUUGUCUCGGACAAGUUUACCGUUGCUAGGGAUGCGUUUGUUGCUGAGCAGGGGAAUCAGAUGACUGCCUAA